AUGAAAGCGAUUGGGGAGUUACGUGAUUUUUAUGGAAAAUCAGAUGAAAGUUCACGAGAAUGGGCUCGACAUGCUGACGAUGUGUGUUUUGCCUAUGAUGUUGAUAAUGAUUCAAUUAGAAUUAGAUUGAAGAAAAUUCGAAUAAAACUACAAGACAAAGCAGCUGAAUGGUUUCAUGAUCAUUCAGAUCUGUUCAGUACGUGGCAGGAAUUUGUUCUCACAUCGAUAGUUCGAUUUCCCCCACCACUAACAUCUAUUCAAGCACACUUCGAGUUGAAGAAUGUGAAGCAACGAGAAAAUGAAUCUACCGUCGAUUACUAUCAUCGUGUUCUUGACCUAUGCGAGAAAGUGGAUCCACAAAUGACACGGCAAGCUCAGAUUAUUCACUUGUUUGGCGGUUUGAGGCAAAACCUUCAAACAUUAUUGAGCACUCAAAAUAUUCAAACAACCGCUCAUUUUAUGGCGCAGAUUAUGAAUCUGGAAACAGCUGAAAGGAAGAUUUUGGUGCAAAAUUAUGUUGUUCCACAGUAUCCAUCAUCAGAGUUGAGAAUGUUGUUACGAAGAUACGCAAAAAUAUUUGAUACAACGAAACUAUCCGUUAUUGAUACUACCAUCAAACACGCCAUUGAUUUGGAAGAAGGUAGUCGUCCUACCAUCGCAGCAUAUUAUCGACAAAAUCUGAAAACUAAUGAAUUCAUUGAUGAAGCGGUGAAACAAUUAUUACAAGAAGACGGAACAGAACGAUCUUAUUUAGCAUGGUCGUCACCCAUUGUCUUAGUAAAAAAAAAAGAUGGCUCAUCCCGCUUUCGUAUUAAUUUUUGUAAAUUAAAUCACGUGACAACCAAAGAUAAUUAUGGACCACCUCGACAAGACAAAAUAUUUGAUCAGUGUUCAGGAUGUACGUAUUUCAUUAAAUUCAACUUCAAUAGUGGUUACCAUCAAGUUCCCAUCGCUGAGAAAGAUCCCCAGAAACAGCAUUUCGAACCUCAAAAGGAUUGUUUCAAUUGAAAGUGCUCGCACAAGGAUUAAAAACGGACCACCAACAUUUCAAUGCAUCGUCGACGACGUUCUUGGUCCUCAUCGAUGGCAAUAUUGUCUCGCGUGUCUCGAUGAUAUUCUCAUUUACUCGCAAUCCUUUACUGAACACCGCAAACAUGUUGAACUUGUGCGUAUGGCACUGGCCUGGCGCGUGCGAAUUUUCGUUUAAACACGCAAAAAUGUGAAGUGUUCAAAACCAGAAUUGAUUUCCUUGGACAUACCAUCGCUAAUUCCGGUGUUUCUCCGUUAUUGGAUAAGGUACGUGCAAUCCCGGAACCAAAGAGUGCUGAUGAUGUGAUGAAAUUUGUAAACACAGCUGGUUACUACCGAAAUUACAUUCAAAAUUUUGUGAGGUUCUACUCACUCACUUCUCCUCUUUAUUUAAGAAAGUGAACGGCUAUAUAUAGUACACAAGUUGAACAACAGUUAUGCAAGAGUUGCGCAUGAGUUACAUAAGAACAGAAAUAGUUUAG